UUUUUCCUGGUUGCGAUAGCCGAAGCCAAUUACUACAACCCUAUACUUCCUGGCUUUCACCCCGAUCCAAGUUGUAUUCAUGUCGACGAUGCUUUCUUCUGUGUAGCAUCUACCUCUACAUGGUUUACUGGUGUCCCAGUCUAUAGAAGCACGGAUAUU